GUGGACAGUGAAGUCCGCCUUCCCUCUCCAGUCUCCUUUCUCUCGGUGCAAUGGAGUCUCCAAAACCCUCUGUGGGUCCCUCUUCCAGUCCUCUCCUCUCGCUCUCCGCCUUCGUCCACCAGCACUGCGCCCGUCUCGGAGCCGACCUCUCUACCCGUCUCGACGAAGCCAAGCGUUUUGGCUCCAAAUUAGCCGCCAGCUUCCCCGCCCCACCUCCAUUAGUCGGAACUCGUUUGCAGCCGUUGCAUUCAUCACUCCCAUUUGCUUCGGUGUCGCAAAAACCCGGACCCGGCUCCGGAUUGAGCUCCGACCGCAUCGCCAAAACUCUGCUCGGAACCUCGGUGUACACCGUCAGCAAUGCAAACAAUGAGUUCGUGCUCAUCUCCGAUCCCAAUAGCGCUAAAUCCAUUGGCUUGCUUUGCUUCCGCAAAGAGGACGCAGAGGCAUUUCGCGCUCAGGUGCGGUCCCGUAGGAGGGAAGUUAAAGGCGAGGUUAAGGUCGUUCCUAUCACCCUUGAUCAGGUUUAUAUGUUGAAUGUUGAAGGAAUUGCAUUUCGAUUUUUGCCUGAUCCUGUUCAAUUAAAGAAUGCUUUAGAGCUAAAAGCUAAAAGUACAACAAGCGGAUUUGAUGGAGUUCCUGUUUUUCAGUCAGAUCUCCUUGUUGUGAAAAAGAGAAACAAGCGCUACUUGCCCAUAUUCUUCAGAAAGGAAGAUAUAGAGAAAGAAUUGUUAACCGUGUCAAGGGCAUCACGAGGAGGAUCCUGUGUUUCUCAGCACAUAAUGGUGGGGAGUUUGGAAGAUGUAUUGACAAAAAUGCAGAAAAGUGGGAAAAACUCAGGUUGGGAAGAUCUAGUUUUCAUUCCACCUGGUAAAAGCCAUUCACAGCAUAUUCAAGACAUCAUGAAACCAUAAAUGUCAAGCUAGGCUGAUUCGACCCUGUAAGAUUGUAUCACUGUUUUCCCUUCCUUUCUUAGUCAGCUUUUUCUUUCCUUGCUGAAUGUGCAUGUUUGUGGGGUAGCCAAAUUCUUUAUAUGUUGAGCCAAUGCUGUGGAGUAGCUCAAGAAUACAUGUCAGAGAUGCAAUGUAACUUUUACAAAAUAUUAAGACAACUUACAAGUUACAAUUAAUUAAUCAAGUGGGCCUAUUUUGCCCCAUCUAUUCACAAGUCAGCUGUGUAUUGUACAAGCCCUAUUUAUUUGUCAAAAAAAAAAAAAAAAAAAAAAAAAGGCCCCCGAUCCCACUUGACUGUUUUGGUGAUGAAGUAAAUCGCGUGUUGUGUUUUAAUGGUCUACAUGACUACACGUUUCUUCGAGUGCUUGUAUAUAGUGUGGCUACCAGCAAAAGAAAGCUAUUACUCUUCUUUGUAUAGGUUGAAUAGUUGAGAUGUCCCGGGUAUCGGGGCAGUUUCA